CUCGUUCUCAGACUCUGGAAAGUGGGUUGAUGCUGUGCCAGCAGGCAGCGACAGCAUGCGCAGAUUGAAUGCGCAGAAAUCCUGUUAAAUGCCUCUGGCUGGAAUGACUCCCCCCUCAGCCCUCAGCGCUCUCCCCUGUAACAGCUGGGACUGAACGUUUCUAACUUUUAAUCUUUGAGAUAAACUUUUUAAUUAAACAAUUUGAGCCAUGUUCAGGUCCCUGUUGGUGGUGUGCGCUGCAGUGGCGUCUUUACCUGCGGAUGCGCAACUCUCCAGCCGGUUUGUUGUCGGAUGUCCCUCUCAGUGUGACAAGUCGAUGUGUCCCCGGUUACCAGCGGACUGUUCGGCGGGAAAGGGCCUCGACGUGUGCCACUGCUGCCCGGUGUGUGCGUCCGGUGAGGGGGAAGCCUGCGGCGGCAGCGGGAAGCUGGGUGACCCGGUGUGCGGAGACGGGCUGGAGUGCUCGGUCCCUGGCGGGGUGGCGUACUCCGUCACGGUGAGGAGGAGAAGCAAGAGUGGGAGCUGCGUGUGCAAGUCCACCGAGCCGGUUUGCGGGAGCGACGGGGUGUCUUACCGGAGUAUCUGCGAGCUAAAGCAGGUCAGCCGCCGGGCGCAGAAGCUGCAGCAGCCACCUGUUCUGUUCAUCCAGCGGGGAGCCUGCGGGAAAGCUCAGGACAAUCCGGACAGCCCGAGGCACAAAUACAACUUCAUCGCUGACGUGGUGGAGAAAAUCGCUCCGUCUGUAGUUCACAUUGAACUUUUUCGCAAGAUGACUUAUUCCAAGCGGGAGGUGGCUGUGGCCAGUGGUUCUGGGUUUGUUGUGUCAGAAGACGGCCAGAUUGUGACUAAUGCCCACGUUGUGGCCAAUAAACACAGAGUGAAGGUGGAACUGAAGAGCGGUGCCUCCUACGACGCCAAAAUCAAAGACGUGGACGAGAAGUCGGACAUUGCACUCAUCAAGAUUGAUGCACCGAACAAGCUCCCAGUGCUGCUGUUGGGCCGUUCGUCAGACCUGAGACCAGGGGAGUUUGUGGUUGCUAUUGGAAGCCCGUUUUCCCUCCAGAACACGGUCACUACUGGCAUUGUCAGCACCACUCAGCGAGGAGGCCGAGAGUUGGGCCUCCGCAACUCCGAUAUGGACUACAUCCAGACUGAUGCCAUUAUCAAUUACGGAAACUCUGGAGGGCCUCUGGUGAAUCUGGACGGUGAAGUGAUUGGGAUCAACACAUUGAAAGUGACAGCAGGCAUUUCCUUUGCCAUCCCAUCAGACAAGAUUCGACAGUUUUUGGCCGAAUCGUAUGACAGGCAGUCCAGAGGGAGAACAGAUGCAAAGAAGAAGUACAUAGGUGUGAGAAUGAUGACCCUCACUCCAGUGUUGGCCAAAGAGCUCAAGACUCAACACCGGGACUUCCCUGAUAUCACCUCGGGAGCUUACGUUAUGGAGGUCAUAGCAAAAACUCCAGCUGAAAUCGGUGGACUUAAGGAGCACGACGUCAUCAUCUCCAUCAACGGCCAGCGGAUCUCCACAGCGACAGAUGUCAGCACCGUCAUCAAGAGGGAGAACACCUUAAAAGUGGUGGUUCGCCGUGGCAACGAGGACGCCAUCCUCACCGUCGUUCCAGUGGAGAUCGAUCCUUGACUCCUCGUAAAUCCUGCAUCAGGGAGCUGGAGUUUGGUUGAACUCGUCAUCAGCGGACCUUGGGAUGGGUUUUCCGCUGACUCCCCUCCCCACCAUUGAGGCCAAAGUCCCAGUGGCACCACACUUCCAGGAAAGAUCUGGCUUUGCCUUGAAAAAACGACGGUACGGCUGCUCUGAAAGCGGGGCUGUCCUUCGUUUUCUAUUUGUGUUUUUACUUUUAGUCCUUGAUGUGUUCAUUAAUGCUACUACUGUUUGGUCACAAACAUAAAAAAUGUUUUAUAUGGCAAUGUUUUCUUAAUUUUUGUCUUUUUUUUAUAUGGACAUUAACCCAAAACUGCUUUUUAGAGACUCACUGAGCAAAUCUGAUUUUUAUGAUUGUUUCUUUGAAUCCCUCUUUUUAAAAGUACUGAACAACAUUUUUGUUAAUUAUGUGAUGUAUUACUGACAAAAAUAAAUAAAACCUACAUUUUUCCA